UCUAAUCCGUGACAACCUUGCCCGAGCUCCACCAGCUUCCCUUCCCUUCUCAGAAAGGAGACGAGGACGAGACGAGCGCGACGGCACGCGAUAGCGACGCGGCCGCCUCCCAAAACCCUCGCCUCCCCUCCCAUGUUGGGCCCGCGACCCGCGCCCGCCGCCUCCACCCAGAACCCUGGCGCGGCCCCCUCCGCCCCGGCGGCGGCAGCGGCGAGGGUGCGCGAGGAGGGCGAGGUCUCCUCCGGCGCUGACGACGACGAGGCUCUGCAAACUCACAUUGCAGCUCCAUCGAAUGUUGGGAGGUAUGUGGAGGCUGGUGCUCAAGUGCCAUUGGCAACUUUCCGUGGUAAAGGCAGUAAUACCUUGAGUGUCUCAAAUGUGAUGACUCACAUAGCAGCUGCUCCAAGUUAUAAAAAGACCAUGAGGUUGAGUCAAGGGCAAUUCAAACCUGGCACAAAUCGAAAUCUUACAUGGCAGAAGCCUGUGUCAAGUGAUAACCUUGUGAUAACUUUCUCUGAUGAUGAUAGUGGGUCUGACUCAGGAAAGACAAAGCAAGAUAGAGUUAGAGAUAGAAAGGCCAGCUCUCAAGGUACACAGAAAACAGGGAAUAAUAUGCAAACUAGGAUCAUGAGAGAGGAAGCACCUCAGCACAAAACCCAUGCUGCAAAGAUAGGAUCCGCAAACUUCCCUGCUUUUCCACUCACACUCAGAAAUGCAGGGGCUGGUAGGGGAUCAGGCACAACUUUUUUUAGGAGGGAGCCAUCUGUGCGCCAAGUUACUCCUCUAAAGUCUAAGCAGAAGGAUGGAAAUGGAGUUGGAGUAAAUUCUGCAGAUCAUAGGCUAGAAAGCUUGCGCCAUAAAAUAGCUGCUAGAGAAAAUGAACUAAAAGGUCAAAAAAGACCUCUGGUGCCUGUUGUUACGAAGAAUGCAGAUUUCUCUACAGAAAAGAUAGAGCUGGAAGCUUCCAGUGGUGAAUGUUCACGCCUUAAUAGUCCAUUUGAACAUGAUGGAGGACCAAUUAAAAGGUUGAAGCUCAAUCAGCAGCAUUCCUACAACCAAGUUCACAGUGACUUGGUAACACUGGCACCUAUUAGCUGUUCAUCAGGGAAAAACAACGUGCAAUCUUCUGAAGUGACAGAUCACUUUGAAAAUGGAACUACCAUGCACUGUAAUGUUGAUGAAAGAGAGCAUGCAGUCACAACAGAAUUUUCAGGUCAAAUACAACAUGGUGGUGCAACUAAGAACCCUCCAUCAUCCAAAACUCACCAUAAAGGUAUGGAAGGUGCUGACAAUCAUGCUACGGUUGAGUUGCGUGGCAGGCUUGCAGCACCAUUUACUAAUGGGCAAAUUAUGCCUGAAACUAGUGCUUUGGUGCCUGUCACUUCUGCCCAGGCUGGGCAACGGGUAAUGCCUGUUGGUACUUCAACAGUGUUAAACCUCAGGCCACACUUGCAACCUGGAGAGGAGAAUGCCGAUCUUUUGAACUAUAGUGGCCAGAUAGGUGUAGAAGGCCAGAACACAAGAUUGUUGUCUCUGCUUGAGAUGGAGGAACUCCAAGAGAGAGAAUUGGAGGACGCUCAAGAGCAUAGACAGAAAUGUGAAGUUGAAGAAAGAGAAGCUCUUAGAGCUUAUCGCAAAGCACAAAGAGCUUUAAUUGAGGCAAAUGAAAGAUGUACCAUUCUUCGUAGGAAAAGAGAGAUUUGCUCUGCACAAGUUCAUGGUUUUAUUGCAGAGAAUUCUCCUUUGGUGCAGUCUUUGAGUAUUCAGAAUGCUGGAGAUGGCCUUGCAAUGCCGUCACUGCUCAAUUCUCAGAUUCAUGCAGAUUGUCAGCUGCCUGAAAAUCAGGGUGGUAGGUACAGUCUAUACCCCGACGAACCUCCUCAGCAGCCAGUUGAUAAGCAUGAGGCACAGCCACACUAUCGUGAUGAGCUUGCUGCCAGCACUGCUGAUCCGAACUUUGUGAACACUGCCAAUGAUAACAGCAUGCCUUCAGAUUACAUGGAGGAUGAUCUUCUUUUCCCUGCUAGGCGUGCAAGAUCAGAGUGUGCCUCGGAUCUGGAGAAUCACAUGGAAGAAACUAUACAUGUACAUGCAGAGGAAAACAGACAAGCUUCUGGUGACAGUGUGCAGGACUAUGAGCUUUUAGAAGCUUCUUUGAGGUCUAGAUUGGUGGAAAGAUUUGGUAAGAAACCAUGUCUGAAUAGCACCGGAGAAGGCACUGAAGAAAUUGCUGUUGGAAAAGUAGCUGGGGCUGAACACGACAAGCAGUCUGCACAUGAACUUCAGUUGCAGGAAGCAGAGCAGAAUGUUGUGACGACUCUUGAAGAUACAAUGGAGCUUGGAAAUGAUGAUGCUGGUUGUGCUGAAAAGACUGGUGGUCUCUCUAAUUCUAGUAGUGGUCCUUCAAUGGGCAACUGUAAUCCUAAUGACAACAUUUCCUCUCUCAAAGAAUUAUGCAUGCCAUUGAGUACGAACAGUCCCAUUUUUCCUUCUUCAGCUCCACAAAAUGCUGCUAGACACAUCAAGGGGGCAUUUCCUGGGUUUUGUAAGGAAGCUUCAGAUUUAAAAAAUGACUGUCUGGUCAGUGAUGCAGCGUCUGAAGCAGCAGAAAGUGUACAAGAUAUGAUACAAGACCGUGUUGGAGAGAACGUGAAGAUGCUUCCAACUACCCAAAAGGAUAGUGACAUGGCACACAGUGGGAUUGAUCCCUUCUGGCCCUUCUGCAUGUUUGAGCUCCGAGGAAAAUGCAACGAUGAAGAGUGCCAGUGGCAACAUGCUGAGCAUCAUGCUUGGAGAAAGUCAAAGCACACAAAACAUGCAAUGACCUCUGUUUCAGGCCUGAGUCCUUAUGGUCUCUUUCGGCAUUUUCUUCCUGUACCGGCAUAUCGGGUUGGUUCGAAUCUUAUUAAAUCUGAUCUGAACUUGAUGCAGUCGGUGUUGGCUAGCAGUUUAUGGCAAUAUUGGCAAAGGGGGUUUUGCGCUUCCUUUCCUUUACCGAUAUCUGUUCAAAGAAUUCUUCCAUCAGAUGCACCAUUCUUACAGGCUGGUGACGGUUCGAUUGCAGAUUUCGAUACGAACAGACAGCUAUUAAAUUUUCGAAUGCUGGAUAGUAGGAAGGUGGGUAGAGUGCACCGUUUUGCAACUAUCAUCACAUCGCGGAAGUGGCAUGCAUACCGGAGUCUGAAUAAGAUUGUACAGGGAUCUGUUGAUGUUGAAUUCUUCUUAGAGGCCGCACUUGGUUUGUAUUGUGGAAAAGUGAACAAACCAGACAGGAUCAAGGCUCUUUUACUUCUGGCGCGUGCUAUUGAGGCUGAUCCAAGUACAGCUAUCCUGUGGGUGUUUUAUCUCCAUAUUUACUAUCAAAAGGAUGAAGGACUUGGUAAAGAUGACAUGUUUUCCGACGCGGUGCAACACAAUGUUUAUUCCUAUGAACUAUGGCUUAUGUAUAUUAAUAGUAGGUUGCGCUUUGAUGACCGAUUGGAUGCUUAUAAUGACGCUUUGAGCAUGCUCUGCCAAAUGACAGCAGACACUGACAAGGAUUUGAAAGAAAGAAGUGCUUUCACACUAGAUAUCUUCUUACAGAUGAUUUACUUCCUGUGCAUGUCUGGAAACGUAGAGAAGGCAAUUUCUAGGAUUUUUGGGAUUCUUCCAACUGCAACUCCUGACAAUUCUGGUGACAAGUUGCUUACUGAUGUCAUUUCUUGCUUGACCAUGUCCGACAGAUGCAUAUUUUGGAUUUCGUGCCUAUAUGUCUCAAUUUACGCAAAGCUUCCAGAGGAAAUUACUGAUCAGCUAGAGUUCCAGAAAGCUUUGCCUCGUGCCUUAGUAUGGCUUCCUAUCGAGCCCAGUGUAGAUAACAGAAGUCACAUUAUAGAGCUUUUGAAACAUGCUGCCUACAAGAUGGCUAUAGAUAUUAGUGAGAGUGUUAAAAAUGGGGAUCCGUCUUACCUGACCUUAGCACAAUUCCUUGCUGUUAAUCACAUUAGUUGUUUAGCUGCUCUUGAAGGCUUCAAAUCUUCUGCUGAUAUGCUAGUGAAGUACAUGAAGGAGUACCCAAUGUGUCCUCAGAUUUUCCUUAUCUCAGGUCGGCUAGAAAGAAAGUAUGGUACAUGUUCUGGUAUGAAAGGGUUUGAUGAGUUACUAUUGAAUUGGCAUAAAGAGGUGCAAGGAAUUCAAUAUCUGUGGAACCAAUACGCCGAGCAUGCUUUGGCUGAUAAUAUUGAGUUAGCUGAGAAGGUACUUGCUUGCUGGUUUGAAGAAUAUGGGGAAGAUUGUGAUCUCCAAAGCAAUGUUGCUGUCGGUGCAUUACUUGCUUCAGCCCAGGAGGUUGGUUCUGGUCCAUCUAUAUCAGAAGAUCAGGUCUUUUGGUUAUUAAAUCUCUCAUUGUAUAAGAUACUGGAGAACAACCUACUGGAAGCUCAAGUUGCCGUGGAUAAAGCACUGAAAUUGGCUCAUGGGGAGUGCUACGAGUACUGUUUAAGAGAACAUGCUGCAAUUCACAUGCUGGAAAAAUCAUCAUCUACUGCAGAUGCUCAAACUCGAGCUACGUUCAGUUUUAUCAUUGGUUAUCUUGCAGAUCAUCGGAACUUGCCCACAAGGGACCUGCUGUCAAGAAGGUUUUGCCAGAAUGUUAAGAAGCAUAAGCUUAAGCAGUUAAUAGAUGACACUAUAGGUCCGACAUCUGUAGAUUCUUCUCUGAUAAACUCUGUCCUUGAAGUGUGCUUUGGUCCGUCUCUCCUUCCAGAAAAAAUUGGCGAAGUGAAGUACUUGGUUGAUUUUGUCGAAUCAGUGAUGGAGGUUCUUCCUGCAAACUAUCACCUAGCCUUGGCACUUGGUAGAUUCGUGGGGAAGCAUUACACAGGUGCUGACCCUACCUCCAUGGGCACCAGGUUCUGGGCAAGCUCUGUUCUGAUUAACGCCAUUUUCCGGGCUGUACCUGUUGCACCAGAAUCUGUAUGGCUAGAAGGUGCCAGUCUCCUGGAGAAACUGCAAGCUGCAGAGACCGUGAAGAGGUUCCACCAGCAGGCAACGUCAGUUUACCCUUUCUCCUACAAGCUGUGGCACACGUACUUGAACACGUGCAAAGCCAGUGGAAACAACACUGAGAGCAUCAUGGAAGCUGCGAGGCAACGUGGCAUCGAGCUGAAUCUGACCCCGACCUAGUUGUCCCUUUGAUCCAAAGAUGAGAUGUUUCGCCAGGUGGAGCUGUAGGUAAGAGUUGUGUUAACUGGAGAUGACGUCAAUACAUUAGUGAUGGGAUCCUUUUGUUGUUUAGGCGCAGGUUUAGUGGCACAUAGUCGUCGAUAGCAUACAGCAUCUGUGUUACUGAUGAGUAACUUUUAGUGGUGAAGGAUACAAGGAUAUGGUUUUGCGUAACAGUGGCAACUUUUGACUGACUGGAGAAUGAUGUUGGUGGCAGAUUUCGUGGUCUGUUCCAUUACUAAUCUCUGUUUUCUCUAUCAGUGUAUCACAUGCUUAACUGUUGUUAUUCAGCAUUAUGAUAUGGAGAUAUGAAAUGAGAAUUUUUGCUCA